GCUUUGAAUUGGACAGUAAACCCUCUCUAAACCCUCACAUAUUUCUCAAUACGUGUGGCUGUCAAAACACAGAGGUUGCUGUACAAGUCAAGUAGGGUUUCAGAGAGAGAGCGAUGGUGAAUAAAAGAGUACAUUAAACUAAAUUAAAAGGGGCUUAAUCGGAGUCCCUAUGCUUCGGACUCCUCACAAUCUUGCUCGUGAAGAACUUGCUUCUUGCUUCCCUCUUGUCCUGUUGUCAUAUUGCAAGUGCAAGAGUAGCCACAGCAUUGGUGUGCUCUUUAGAUAUACUGGCAAUUGUAGGAACUACAGUGUCCAAAUUCCAAAUCCCUAUGGAAAAUUUUUGAGGCAAUCUGGUCGCCCUCUAAAAUUUGCAACUGGUGAAACCAAUUCUAUUCUUCAAUCAAGUGGUCUUCAGCACUGGUUCAAAAAUUGGCAAGAACUCAGGAAACAUAAAUUGACGGCAAGCACUUUUGCUGGGGCUAUUGGUUUUUGGCCUCGACGAAGAGCCCAACUAUGGUUAGAGAAAAUUGGGGCAAUUGAGCCAUUUUCAGGCAACCUGGCUACCUGUUGGAGUAAUAUUAAAGAAGAGGAAGCACUUGAAAGAUACAAGCUUAUAACGGGAAACACUGUUUUGUUUCCUGAAUUUCAGGUUUAUGGUGAGAGGGACCCAAAAGAUGAUUGGCUAGCAGGUUCACCAGAUGGUGUAGUUGAGAGGCUAGUUUAUGGGCUGCCUUCACGAGGAGUGCUGGAGAUAAAGUGUCCAUUUUUCAAUGGAGAUAUGAGCAAAGCUGUCCCCUGGUCACGAGUCCCCCUUUACUGCAUUCCACAAGCUCAGGGUUUAAUGGAAAUAAUGGACAGGGAUUGGAUGGAUUUCUAUGUUUGGACUCCUAAAGGGAGUAGUCUAUUCCGAUUAUAUAGAGAUGUAGAGUACUGGCAUGUGUUAAAAAUAGCACUCUCUGAUUUUUGGUGGAAUCAUGUACAGCCAGCCAGGGAGUUGUGUAGUAAAUCUGUGAUCACGGAUCCCCUGUAUCAAUUACGAACAAUCAGGCCAGCACCAAGACAUGAAUUAUGCAGUUAUAUUGUUUAUGAAAGCAGGCGCGUUGUUAAUGACUCCAACUUGUUGAUGCGUGAAAUUUAUGGAAAACUGCAAAACUGAUGCAUUUGAAUGUCCACAUUUUGGGUCUUUGAACUUUUGUGGCUUAAGCAGAUGGGGUUCAAUAACAAGUGAUUGGAAUAUUGUUUACAUGAGUUGUUGGAGUCGUUGAAAUAAAUUUUCACGGGAACUGUCACCUGUACAAUACAGAAGAAAAUACAUUGCUAGCGGAGGCAGAAAUUCUGUUAAUCAAGAUAUAAUCAGAUCUUUUUAUUGAAAGAGAAUGCAGAAGUACAGUCCUUGAUAUUACUACAACAGGAUGAAUAUAUUUCCCUUUAUAUAGGAUCUGUAUGAUAGAUAACAAAUGGGGAGACACAGUGGUGAUCUGAAGGUUCAGAACUUUGUCAUUUACAUCAUUGGCUACACUCUGAGGUGCUGAAUACAUGCCUUUUGACUGCUGCAUUAUGUAGAUGUUGUGGGGCACCAAUUGAUCAUUUGAAUUUCAAUUGCAGACCAUGUAUCCAGAUCCUCAUAGCAGUCACCAGUGACUCUGAAGUGUAAGUUGGCAUUAACUGGUUAAUGUCAUUGUCAUGGAGUGAGAUAUUAGAAGUUGCUUUUGGCAAAAGAGAGGGGACUUCUGAAGAAUGAUUUUUUUUUUUGUUGUUGAAAAGAUUAAGGAAAAUAAGAAAGACGAAAGAGUUUGAGAUUAUGAUCAAAAGUUGCAAAGCUAUAUUGGAAAUAUUUCAUGUAGCUAUAUAUGAUGUGGAAACUGUGCGAGAAUGACUUUGCCUCCUAGAAAAGGAGAGUUGUUAAAGAGCGAGCAGUGAUGUGUCUCCUGUAGUUUUCAGAUACACAGUUAAUAAUAUUUUACAACAAUCUUCCACUGCUUAAUCAGUUGCAGAGGAACUGCUUUGAUGCUGAGUUUACUGGUCCUCUUUCAAAUGAAUCCUCUCAAAUCACCGGGGCCAAAUGGCUUUUUUCUGCCAUCCUUUAUCAGAGAAUGCCAAGCAUCACAGAAUUAAGGACUCCUAUGCCUUGGAAGUUGGAUAGUGCUGGCAAACAAUGAUCUUGGUGGGUGCUGCUGGAAACAGGAAGACUAAAUGAAUAGGAUCUGCUUUCAUCUGUAAAUAUAAAAUUAGGAACAGAAUACGAGCAGGAUGUUUCUAUUGGGAAUGCCAAACAAAAACUACUGCAAUUUUGUUAGCUUCCUGAGAGCCCUCUACAUACUGGUAAAUAGAGAUUUGAAGAUCUUAAAUUAGACUAGUAGUGAGCUGUUCUGCAAGCAACCAUUGAAAAAUAAAGUCAAUCACUGGAAAGAGGUUGCAUUGUUGAAGGGCAUUCAUUGUCUUGGCAGUAUGUGCCAGUUCUUUGCUAACAAGAUUGACAAGCCGUUCCAGCUGGAAUUUAUGAUAGUGAGAAAAAAGCUUUGAAAUCUUUUCUAGAAUAGCCUGGCCAUGACUAUCUCUGCUUUUGUAUCCUGUUUUAGUUUGGGUCUUAGCCCUUCUUUUGCUUAUGGCUGUACCUUUCAUUGUAUUGGUGAAGUAUUAUGGAAGCUGGAGUCGGUAAUUGUUUAUUUUCUGCAUAGGUGGAAUGGUGAAGUACUUUUCCUUGACUUAUUAUUAACCAUGGACAGUGUUAUUACUGCAUCAGUAACUGAAGGAAGCUAUUUAUAAAGAAUAAAGUAUGUAAUUUCUGAGUU